AACCAAUCAGAUAAGACCUUCUAUACGGAACAGUGGAGAAUUUUUAUAACGGAGCUUACGAUUGAUUGACAAAAAUUGUCUGGUGAUAUAUUUUAUCUGAUAUAAACAAAGACACAUGUGUAGUAAGCUGGGAGGAUCUGUAAAAGCUACUAAUCUUAGUCAGAAUGGCAUUUAUCAAGAACCUCCUCUACAACUAUGAAUAUGCAACAACCAAACUUAACGAUCCUAGAACCACAGAUUGGUUCUUAAUGACAUCACCCUGGCCAACCAUUGCAAUAGUGGCACUCUACUUGAUAUUUGUGUAUGGAGGUCAAAGGUGGAUGAAGAACCGACCAGCAUAUGCCCUGAAAGAUCUCAUGCUUUGCUACAAUUUCUGUUUGGUUAUCCUGAAUGCAUAUAUAUGUUAUGAGUAUCUCGUAUCAACUUGGUUGAAUCCAAAUUUCUCCAAAGCUUGCCAAGUAAUGGAUUACUCCAAUGAAGGCCUUCCACUUCGGCUGGCAAAGGUGUCUUGGUGGUUCUAUUUUUCAAAGAUAAUAGAGUUAAUGGACACUGUAUUUUUUGUUCUUCGUAAGAAGAAUAACCAGAUAUCUUUUCUACACGUGUACCACCAUUCCACAAUGCCCCUGCUAUGGUGGACAGGAGUCAAAUUUGUACCAGGCGGAGAAUCAUAUCAAUGUGCCAGUAUCAACAGUUUCAUCCAUGUUCUGAUGUACACAUAUUAUCUGCUGUCUGCCAUGGGACCUCAAAUGCAGAAAUUCUUGUGGUGGAAGAAAUACAUGACAACUCUUCAACUGGUUCAGUUUUGGUGGAUUCUUGGCCAUACCUUUCAUGCCAUGUAUGUGAACUGUGAUUUCCCCGUCGGCUUUGGCUACGCUCUUCUAGCCUAUGAUUUCUCCCACAUCCUCCUGUUCUCCCACUUCUACUACAUGACCUACACAAAGAAAGCAAGGGCAAAGAAGGCAGAGGCCAGCGACAACCUGUCCAAUGGGAAGACCCACAAAACGGGGACUGAAAAUGGCAGCACAAGGCAAAGGAAAUAUUAAGAUUAAAAAGUUUAUCGUCAAUUCUGUCUCUAGAAAAUAUUUUUUUACAAAUAUUUUUAUUCCACUUAUGAAAGAAAGAUAUUUUUCAAUUACUUAAGAUUGAUGUCAAUACAUUUGAGAAUUUUUGAAUGUCUUUGUGUGAAUGUAAACUUAAGAGUGAAUAUUUUUGUUAGUUUUAGAAAAACUGAAUAAAUUAUUGCACUGUUUGAUAUUGUCAUAAUAACCAAUUAACAUUGCACAUGCCUCUAGUUUCUCUCUGAAUUAAUACUGUAACAAAUUUGAACACCAACUUAUAUGUUUCAAAUUGUUUUCUAUAAAAGGAUCAUGUCAUCACAGAACUAAAUAAGAGUAAAAAUACAAUUGUAUUUAUUUUAAGUUAUUAUUGUUUGUCAUUUAUACAAAACUGUGUACCACCAAAAUUUGAUGUUGACAAUCUAAGCAUAAUAAUAAUCCUGUUGCUUUUAAGUUUCUUUGUUGUUGAGAAUUUUUAGUCCAUUUUUUUCUAUUGUUUACCAAAAGUCAAUAUACAUUGUACAUGUAUAUCCAUCGCUUUACAUAAAUCAUCAUAAGUUAACCAAUAAACUCUCCAUAUAGGUACUUCAUAUUGUAUGUAUCUACACUUAUAGUUUUAAUCUAUACUUUAAUUGUUUUACUUGUUUAAUGAAAAAUUGUUUGGAAGUUUAUCUUGUCUUUAAUCCUUUUAUGAUAUACAUGUAUAUAUAUUACAGUCGUCGUUGCAUGAAUUUAGUUUUUAAAAAUAUAUGCACUAAAUCAGGCUAUUUAUUUUUUAAUAUCAGGUCAUUAACAGAACUUGUUAAAAUUUA